AUGGGUAGAAGAAUAUGGAAGUCACAGAUGUUCCAGUGGAAGUCGACGUUUCAUGUAAAGUUUGCGUGUUCUAGGGAUUUUCAUUUAUAUCCACUAGAUGUACAGUCCUGUGCUAUCCAUCUAGAAAGCUAUGGUUUUACCUCGGAUGUGGUUGUGUAUGAUUGGAUUAAAAAUCAGCCUGUUACAAUACAGAACGCGAUUUUGCCUUUGUAUAAUAUACAAAAUACUCCUACAACCAGUGUUGAGCUAUGCGACGUCAACUCAUUUCCAGGAGAAAAUGAAUUUUCCUGUCUACAGUUGACAAUUAUUUUUCAAAGAGCCAUUGGAUACUACAUGCUAGAAAUUUUCGUUCCGGAUAUGCUUAUUGUAAUCAUGUCAUGGGUCUCGUUUUGGUUACAUCCACUCGCUGUUCCAGGACGAAUAUCUCUAGGUGCCAUUACAGUCUUAACUAUGUCAUCUCAAGGUUCUACCGCAAGACUCAAUGCACCGCAGGUCUCAUAUCCGAAAGCAAUCGACGUUUGGACUUUAUUUCAAGCUAUGUUUGUAUUUGCGGCAUUGAUUGAAUUCUCGAUAGUGAAUGUAUUAGCUAGACGAAAAGUUUCAGAAGAAACAGCUGCCGAAAUGGCUGCUAAACGUAAGGAAGUUCAUGUUUAUGACAACGUAUUAGCUAGUAAACAGAUGUCAGAGGGGGAGGCAGACAAAAUAGCGAAGAAGAAGUAUAGAGAGUCACAAGGUAAUGAUAUGGACCCUAAUUUUGAUGAUAACAGACGGCCAUACCUUCCACUGGCAAAGAAAAUAGACAUCAUUUCAAGAAGAGCAUUUCCAGCUGCUUACGCAUUCUAUAUAUUUUUAUUCUGGGUUAUAGUUGGAAAUGUUUAA